AUGCACUCACCUGUAACCCUGGCACCAUCGUCGACUUCAACAUCACCUGUUACAAAUUAUCACAAAUUACAUAAUUAUCCACAUCGUGGUGGUAGUAAUUAUCAGCAACAGUCAGAUUUAAAAGAAUUAACAAAUGUUUUAUCAGAAUUAAAUACGAAUUUUAAACGAAAUGUUAAAGUACUACAGGACUUAAAAGAUUUUAUUGUUAAAGUAUGUGAAAAACAAGCAGCAAGACCAGUUGAUGAUAAUAGUGGUAUACACAAAUUAGAACAAGUUACAGUAGAAGUUCGAUUGGUAUUCUUAAAAAUUGGUGAAAUUGAUACAUUGAAAGAACAAUUUCAAGCUGAAGCAUUUAUACAAGCAAAAUGGCAUGAACCGGGCUUAAAAGGAACAGAUUUGGAUAAUUUUGAUCCAGCAAAAUAUUGGAAUCCCUUAUUAUUUAUUGAUAACGUAGUCGGGGAUUUACGAAAUGAUGUUUGGCAUAAAAUUGUUUAUGAUGGAGCAGAAAUACCAAUGAUUUAUGAAAUGAGAAAAGUCAAAGGAGUUUUUCUUGAAAAUUUAGAACUUAAUGAUUUUCCAGUUGAUGUACAGUUUUUCAUAACUGUGAUGGCCUUUGCUACAUUUUCUGUAACCUAUAAUUUACCUCAAAAUCGUUUACAAUUGAGUUUUACGUUAUUACUGACAGCAGUUACAUUCAAAUGGGUUGUUGUUAGAUGUUUACCAACAAUAUCUUAUCUAACCACCCUGGAUAAAUAUGUUCUGUUAUCCAUGGUAUUGUUAUGCGUAGUAUGUGCGUGGCAUGCAAUUAUAGCUUGUGUACCAUCAAAAAUGGCUCCAGUAUGGGAUGUAUGGGCAUUAACUACACUGGCUGUUUUAUACACAUUAUUCCACAUCAUCUUUCUAUUAUGGAUGUACUUUGUGACGUAUAGAAGAAGAAGACUAAUGAAACGAAAAGAUAAAGAUUAUUUGUUAUUAUUUGAUGCACAAGAACUUUCACAUCGCCAUCGUAUGCAACGUGUAUCCUCACUUGGUAUGCCGGCUGACGAAGAUGGACAUUAUGUCAGCGCAUCAGCUGCUAAUACUGUCCUUCGUAUGAAAGAUACGCUUCCUACAGGCCGUGGUUCAAUACCGUCGACGUCAUCUGAUCAUCAACAACAACCAUCCAUAUUGAAACAAAAUCAUAAAGUAUUGACUAAUACUUAUGCUUUAAAUCGUGUAUCACCGAGAAGAGUUAGUAUCGCUUAUCAUCAAGUUAAUGACUCAGCUCAAAUAAUGGUUCCACCACAACAUUUAUCAUCGUCUUCACAACAAAAACCAUUUUUUUAUCAUGAAGGAAAACAAUUAUUAACAUCGUCCGAUAUUGAAGCAAUGAAUUUGAGACAGUUUAGAAUGAGUUCACUUACAUCUUAA